GUUGGACGGAGAGGCCAAGCGAUCCAGAGACCAGGGCGACGGGUCCAGCUCAGCAUGGACUGCUGCCCGCCUUAGAUCCUUCAUUUACAUUAUUGUUCUUUUACAGCCUGCGUUACAAGUCGUCCUCCCUCCUCUGAUUUUACUCUCUCGCUGCGGCGUGUUUCUCCGCCUCAGACGACAAUGGAUCGAGUGAAGAGCUCCAUGCAGCAAGUCCCCAACGCCAUCCCCAAAGUGAUUCGCCGGACUGGGGGAGCCAACAGCCUGGAGAUGGAGAAGGAGAGCUUCGAGAGGGGCCAGGCUGUCAGCAUCAAUAAGGCCAUCAACACACAGGAGGUCGUUGUCAAAGAGAAACAUGCCAGGACCUGCAUCUUGGGGACCCAUCAUGAAAAAGGCGCCCACACAUUCUGGGCAGCCAUCAACCGGCUCCCUCUCUCCAGCAACGCGGUGCUCUGCUGGAAGUUCUGCCACGUCUUCCACAAGCUGCUGCGAGACGGACAUCCAAACGUGAUUAAGGACUCCAUGAGGAACAAGGCUGAUUUAACAGAUAUGAGCAGGAUGUGGGGUCACCUGAGCGAAGGCUACGGGAAGCUCUGCAGCAUCUACCUCAAACUGCUCAUCACCAAAAUGGAGUUUCACAUCAAAAACCCGCGUUUCCCUGGCAACCUGCAGAUGUCAAACAGACAGCUUGACGAGGCGGGAGAGAACGACGUGAACAACUUCUUUCAGUUGACCGUAGAGAUGUUUGACUAUCUGGAGUGUGAGCUCAACCUCUUCCUCAGUGUGUUCAGCUCUCUUGACAUGUCCCGGUCGGUGUCGGUGACGGCAGCAGGUCAGUGUCGCCUGGCUCCCCUCAUCCAAGUCAUCCUGGACUCCAGCCAUCUGUAUGAUUACACCGUGAAGCUGCUGUUUAAGCUGCACUCUUGCCUUCCAGCAGACACUCUCCAGGGCCACCGAGAUCGCUUCCAGGAGCAGUUUAAAAAGUUAAAGAGUCUGUUCUAUCGCUCCAGUAACUUGCAGUAUUUCAAGAGGCUGAUUCAGAUCCCACAGUUGCCUGAGAACCCCCCCAACUUCCUGCGCGCUUCAGCUCUGUCGGAGCACAUCAGCCCCGUGGUCGUGAUCCCCGCUGAGUCAUCAUCCCCCGAGUCGGAGCACAUGGUGGAGACGGACGACCUGGUGGACACAGAUGUCCCCUCACUGCCGGUUGCCGUGGAGACAAAGUUUGACGACUUGUUCGGCACCUCGGCGGCCAGUGACCCGUUCAACUUCAACAGUCAGAACGGGUUGCGCAAAGACGACAAAGAUCGCCUGAUUGAACAGCUGACGAGGGAGAUCCAGGCCCUCAAAGAAGAGUUGGAGUCUUUCAGAGUGGAGAGCGGUCGGUUGUGUCAGGUGCUGAGGGGGCGUGUCAGCGAGCUGGAGGCGGAGCUGGCCGAGCAGAGCCACCUGAGGCUGCAGGCUGUGGGGGAGUGUGAGUUCCUGAAGGCCGAGCUGGACGACCUGAGGAGGGUCAGAGAGGACACGGAGAAGGAGCAGCGAAGCCUGACGGAGAUAGAGAAAAAAGCCCAGGCCAACGAGCAACGCUACACCAAACUGAAGGAGAAGUACACAGAGCUGGUUCAGAGUCAUGCAGACCUGUUGAGGAAGAACGCAGAGGUGACCCGGCAGAUGACGGUGGCUCAGACGGCACAGGAUGAGGUGGAGGUGGUGAGGAAAGAGAUGCAGGAGAAUGUGAAAGCAGCUCAGGAGUCUGCAGACAGACAGGAGAGGAACCAGCUGGAGCAGCUCCAGGAGCUCCAGAGAGAGCUGGUGUCCAGCCGCACAGAGCUGGAUUCCCUGAAGACCACCGUGGUUUCUUCACAACAGUCGAGCGAGGUGCUCAGCACGCAGCUGACCGCCCUGCAGUCCGAGAAGGCCGAGCUGGUGCAGUCCCUGUCGAAGGUGGAGGUGGAGCUGGCGGCCCAGGGGGAGGAGCUAGAGCGGGUCCAGAGCUCCCUGGCCACAGAGAGGGAGAGCGGGGUGAAGACGGCAGAGGCUCUGCAGAAUCAGCUCAAUGAGAAGGAGAGCCGGGAGCAGGCGCUGGAGAGUCAGCUGGUCGCAGCUCGCUGGUCCAGCCUGCAGGGAGCUGUGGAGGAGGCGGAGAAGAUCAUCCAGGACUCGCUGGCUCAGAUUCACGACCCGGCACACAUCAGCUGCACCAGCUCUGCAGAUUAUCUAGCAUCCAGAUGUCAGGCCUCUUUAGAUUGCAUGGAGCGACUCCAUUCUGCCAGCGGGGUCUUCACAGCAGAUGACACAGAUGUAUCUGAGUUGCUGCGAGUGGUGACCCAGUGUGGCCACCUGGUGGGAGACACCAUCGUUCAGGGCAGUGCCACCUCCCACAUGGUGGCAGUGGAGCAGGCUGAUGCCCUGUCGGAGAGUGUAAAGACGUGUGGCGCCGAGGCUCUGGCUCUGCUGGGACAGAUGAAGCAGCGCGACAGCCUGGCUGCAGCCGACGACAGCCGACUGAAGGCUGCUCUGGAAGCCCUGCUGGCCACCGCAGAGAAACUGCGUCCUCGGGGCUUGGAGCUGCAGCAGGGGGAGCUGGGAGAUCUGGUGGAGCUGGAAAUGUCCUCCACUUCUGCUGCUGUGGAGUCAGCUGCUGCCAGGAUAGAGGAAAUGCUCAACAAGUCUCGAGCUGUUGAUACAGGAGUCAAGAUGGAGGUCAACGAGAGGAUCUUGGCCUCGUGCACAGAACUGAUGCAGGCGAUCAAGGAGCUUGUUCUUUCUUCCAAACACCUGCAGAGGGACAUCGUGGAGGGCGGAAGGGGGGCAGCCUCCAUGAAGGAAUUUUAUGUCAAGAACUCCCGCUGGACCGAGGGUCUGAUCUCUGCCUCCAAAGCAGUGGGAUGGGGCGCCACAGUCAUGGUGGACGCUGCUGAUCUGGUGGUGCAGGGCAAAGGGAAGUUCGAGGAGUUGAUGGUGUGUUCACAUGAAAUAGCUGCCAGCACUGCACAGCUGGUGGCUGCUUCCAAGGUGAAAGCGGACAAAGACAGCCCCAACCUGCACCGUCUGCAGCACGCGUCCCGCGGCGUCACACAGGCCACCGCCGCCGUCGUGGCCUCCACCAAGUCUGGGAAGUCUCAGAUUGAAGAAAAAGACACAAUGGAUUUCUCCAGCAUGACGCUCACACAGAUCAAACGACAGGAGAUGGAUGCACAGGUCAUGGUCCUGGAGCUGGAGACUCGUCUGCAGAAGGAGCGAGAGCGACUCGGUGUCCUGAGGAAGAAGCAUUACGAGCUGGCCGGUGUAGCGGAGGGCUGGGGCGAGGUGGAGGAGGGCACAGGUUGAGACCAGUCCCGUCCCGCUGCCUCCUUCCCUUCCUCCACCAUCACACCGGCUUCUGUCUGCCUCUCUCUAUUUAUACACACUCUUCUCCGUCUUUUUCUCCCUUGUUUCCUUCUCUCUUUUCUGUUUGUUUGUUCUCUAAGCCAAAUGAAAAGGUGCUUCUUUUGUAAAAAAAACAACAAAACACUGCUUCUCAACCCAUGUCCGGAAGCUUCCAUGAAAGGACAGCACCAAGGGCUCAGCGGAGGAGGGGGGACGUCGGAAGAAAUGGACGUCAGA